GCGGAGCAUCUUCUGUUCCUCUCGCACACUGACGGACAUACACAGCUGAUCCUUCUCUGGUGCAGCGGAGGAGAGGACAGCACAUCGCCCCCGGACGCAGCCGCGGACACGACCCGGGGAUGGCGUCGCUCGGUGUGGGGCUCCAUCACGUCCGCAAGCGGGGAGCAGGCAGGAGCGCCGCGGUGGAGAGGAAAAACCUGCUGACCGUGUGCAGGUUUUCAGUGAAGACUCUGCUGGACCGCUCCUGUUUUGAGACAAUAGAUGACUCAUCUCCAGAGUUCAUUAACUUCGUUUCCAUUCUGGAGCACAUCCUCAGUCAUCGACUCAAAGGUCAGACAUCUUGGUUUGGCUAUGAGACUCCUCGGAGUUUCUGGGAUUACAUAAAAGCUGCCUGCAGUAAAGUACCUCAUAACUGCAUCCGAAGCAUUGAGAGCAUGGAAAAUGUGCGAUCAUCGAGAGCGAAGGGGAGGGCGUGGAUCAGAGUCGUCCUGAUGGAGAAAAGACUUUCAGAGUACAUCACAUUCACACUGAGGGACUUCAGAACCAGCAGGAGGUUUUACGAGGAUGGAGCGAUCAUGCUGGGAGAGGAAGGCGGGCUGUUAGCGGACACGCUCAUCGGACUCAACACCAUCGACUUCAGCUUCUGUCUAAAAGGUGAGGGUCUGGAUGGCAGCUGCCCUGCUGUGAUUGACUACACACCUUACCUGAAGUUCACUCAGAGGAAGUCCAUUAAUGAGGUACGCAUUGUUGUCCUGUGCAGCGCAGACAGCAUCAGUAGUGAUGAGGAGGAGAUGAGGACUCUGGGGAGCAGCGGCAGUGAAAGCAGCACACCUGAUAGAGCGGCCACUGCUGCUUCCAUCUUCACUGAACAGAGCAACUUGGUCAGCAAGUGCAAACGUUUUGAGCAGAAGUAUCGCAUGGCGCUGGAGCAGAAGGGUUACCUGGAAGAGCUGGUCCGUCUACGAGAGGCCCAGCUGUCAGAGGCCAUGUCUCAAAAUAAAGCCCUUCAGCAGAGCCUAACAGACGCCCACCUCUCCCACACGCUGGAGAAAGAGCAGCUUGAGUAUAUCAUAUUGGAACUACAAGACCAACUGACAGUGCUUAAGAACAAUGACUUGCGGUCUAGACAAGAGUUAACAGCUCAUCUGACCAAUCAGUGGCCGUCUCCUGAUGCCAUAGAUGCCAAUGCCGUUGCCUUGGAUACACUGCUGUACAGGAAGAGUACAGGACAGUGGGAGGAGAAGAGUUUCCAGAGUCUGGAGCAGCUUUCUGCAGACAUGAGCGUUUCCCAGAAUUCUCUCGACCCAUCACAUACGCUGAGUCUGGAGGCCAGGUCGGUCGGCACAAAGUGGCCCCACCAAGGCAAAGAGGAAACUCCCUCUCUAAGAGGUCUGUGUGGCUCCCUGACGUCAGUCGCCAGCUACAAGUCUCUGGCCAGCCUGAAGUCAAACGAGUGUUUGGCGAGUCCUACAACAGAGGUCGGCAGUCCAGGUGUCACUCCUUCAUAGGGGAUAAAGAGCUAAAAACAAUCCAGGAACCUUCUCAGUGUUGGAUAUUGUUCGUUGAGGUUUAUGUUCUGUAUGUGGAACUUGAGGAUCUGGUGUAGCAUGGUCUUGACCAGCUCCAUCAGACUGAAUGAUGUCUUAAUGAAAUGUCAGAAGAUCUCCAAAUGGAACUUCAUCAGUAUAUGUUCAGUGUUGUUUUUUUUUGUAGAGCAUUGUUCAUUUCCUUGAUUGAAAAUAAAAGUCUGAACUGUCAUUUCACUUUACAGCACUGAGGGGGCAGUAAGGCAGCCGCCCCUCUCUUAGAAGGGUGGAGAUUCCAUCAUGCUGAAAGUGCUGACUGUAGAUCAGAGGUCUAAAGAAAAAAAAAAAGAGACUACAAACCAGAGUGUCACUGAAUUGUUUUCUAUCUUUAAAAGGGAUUUAUUAAUAUUUUCAAUUUUGUUAGUGCUGCCAUAAAUCACCCUUUUCUUCAUCAGCAUUUGUGAUGGUGAGUGUACCUCUGUUUUGUCUCAGUGUGUCAUCAGUGUUUGGGAUAAGGCAGUCUUUGUUGUUGGGCGUAGAUGUUUUUCAUCACUGUUGUGCAUCAUGCAGUAUCACGUGGUUUUGCUCUCAGGUAAUGAUCACUAUGAGUAAUAGCCACUCCACACUUCUGGGUUUACUUUAAAGUUGAGCUUUAGUCUAUUCUAAUAUUCCCUUUAAUUAUUAAAAUGCAGUAUUUCACUGUCAUGGCUAGUUACCAUGGAUAGAUCACUGUUAAAGUCUGUGUUGGGAUUCAGUAUUGAAUACAAUUUGUAUUGUUGGUGACUAAGCCGUGUACCUCAAAACUAAACUCAUCACUUUACCUUCUUUUU